AUGGCUGGGAUUCUUCCUCUAGAGCUGUUGACGGAGAUCGGGAAUUAUUUAUCCGAUGAAGGGGUCGCCUUGGCUCCUUAUACAACGGUUUGUCGGCGGUGGCAGGCAGCUUUCGAACCAUUCAUCCAUUCCAGAAAUGUUAUCAUCCAUAGCGAUGAUUUACUGGACGGAGAUCCUCAACAAGAGAUCUCCUUGGAUCGCUUUGCGACACUAACAUCGGGCACCGGCACGGUACGAAGACCCUGGAUCCGUCAUCUUCAAUAUAAUAUCAUUGUCCCAUACGAACUCCCGGAUUGGACAAGUCGCAAACACAAGGGCUAUCGACUAAAGAACCCAGUUCGAGAUGCAAAUGAUCAAGCAUUCAAAUCCGCUAUCAUUAAUCUUUUUCGGGUACUGAGCACCUGGGACCGAACCCAUCGACUCUCUUUGCAAUUAGGACUACUUGGUCGUCAUCCAGGAGAGGAGCCAUAUACGUCAUACAUGUCUGAUGCUUGGGAGUAUACCUGGGAUUUCAGAAACGGGCGGACAAAAGCUACAAAGCCCUAUCGAGCAUGUUUUCCUGAUGAUGAUGCUUCUAUGCUACCAGAUGUUCCAUGUAUUGACAUUCUCUCCUUCUUAAACAUUGGGGAUCCGGAGAAAGGUAGCGAUCAUCAGAUCUGGGCCAAGGCAAUCUUCCAGAUCGUGCAGCACUGUCCCACAAUCACGAAACUGCAUGUGGAUCGCAACUAUCUAACUAGGCCAGAUCAAUUGGAGUAUAUUCAAGCGAGGCGUCAAGCGGUGUCCAACGGAUUAGCCCUGAUUCCCCAGACUCUAAAAGUGUUCGAUUUCAUCAACCAGCUAGAAGAACCAUGGAAAGAUACCAUGCCUGCUCUAAACGUUUUAUCCUCCGAGUCUGAUAAUCUCGCCAUGACAAUCCGCAACCUCAGUUUUGGUCUUCGCGUACUAAAGCUCAGAUGCACAGCUCUGUCUAUGGACUUUCUAUGUCCCAUUGACGAUGACGGGCAACCUACAGCCCCAUCUCUACACUGGCCUCAUCUAGAGACUAUCGAGUUACUUUCCCUAAUAUCACAUCUGGCAGGAAAAUGGCUCCUCUAUCCAACCCCAAACGACGAGACUCGAAUUGCUGCUAUCAGUGACUGGGAAUACGAGAUCUGCCAUUCCGAAGAAGGGUGUAUUUCCCGCCCCGUCAUGGACAUUGAACAGUUUCACCGGCUUUUUAUUUCCCUGGGCCAUGCGGCACGACAUAUGCCCCGUCUUGCCUCCAUUGACUUUCAACUGGAGUCUGAAAUUUCCUUGACUUUUUCUUUCGGACAUAGUGCAGAAGGUAUACGCGUGAAUUGGUCCUCACGGGUAGACUAUCGCCCGGACGAAAGGGCUGCUGCGGCCUGGGGAUUCAGUGAGGAUAGUUUGGAGUUGGGUCGUUUUGGGGAAGGAUAUUCUGUAUUUCUUACUACCUGGCCUCCGGAUCGAGCGUAG